AUGGAGGUAAGUGCUCGCACUUGUUAAUUGGUCAUGACCCGUCUUUAAAUUUGAAACGAUAGGCCUAUCCACGGAUUCGUAAAUAUUGUUUUUAUAUAACAUUGUCUUUAAGAAAAAAAUCCCUUUUAUAAUUCACACAUCACUCUGUCUAGAACCCGAUUUUUAUGUCAACGAGCCUCAUCUGCACAGUAAAACUUAUUUUGGCUUCUCGAUGCAGCAGGCUGUGUUGGUCCGUAGGGACCGUCUGCAAGAUGCCAUACUGAAAAAGGCUCAUCCAAAAUAUUUAAGAAUUUCACCAAAGAAGGAUGUAAUGUAAUGAUAAUAAUUAUCAAAAAAAGAAAAAAAAAAAAGCAAUCCUUUCUGAAUGUACUAAAACGUAUAGGCCUUAUGGAAAUAUCAUCUUGAAUAUAAUCUCAAGCAUUUUUAGUUAUCAAAUAAUUCAUAAUGGCAAAAUUAUUUAUGUUCUAACCAUUAUUUUAGAUUUUUAAAAAAUCUGCGGCAGUGCAUUUAAAUGUUUAUAUUUUUUUAAUCUAAAAUUUGCUGUACUGUCAGAAGGAGUUCAUUUAUGUGUGAGGUUACUAAAGGGGCUCCAUGCUUUUAAAUCAUGGAGUUAUUACCUAUCAUUUCUAUUAUUUUAGGUUAAAAUUAAUCCCCAAAAUUACAUAUAUCUUUUAAAGCUUUUUAUUGCACAAGGUGAUUUUGAUUAUGUCAAACUUUUAUUACUAGUGAUGUUAUUUGAUAUUUUUGUUGUGCCUUUUUUCGGUCUCGCACUUUGCAGGCGGUCCCUACGCACAAAAUUCUUCUGCAUGGACAGAGGCCAAUAUUAAUUGCUCUGCUUAAAGAAGGCUCGUAGGGUGAAAAAAAACGGGCUGAAGUUUGCAGAAGAUGUAACUGUGUUUUAAAAAAACGUAUUAUUUUCCUAACAACAUUAUACAGUUGAAAGUUAUUGACCCCGGAUCUCCCAUCUGUGAAUAUUGUUCCAAUUUUACCGACAUGGACAACAUCUCAAAAUUCGACGGUCACGUUUGGACAAAUAUGUCAAUGGUAGCAAGUUUUUGACAGUAUUAUAGUCAUGAGUGAAUCAGGCCUACCGACCGUUAUUCUUUUGAACAAUUUCGUGAAUUUACGUGUAACCUACUGCGAUGCUGAACUCUUUUAAUUGAUCUAUUGUAAAUGAAAACCUAAAAUGUAUCAUUUGGUUUAGAAUGGUAGAGGGAUCUUUUUACUAAAGUUAUCCUGCCGUCCCCACACUAACUCGUGCCAAUUGUUCCCUCAACUGUGUCUGUGCUAUAUUCAAAGGAGACUGGAGCAGCAGGAGAGGACACAUUUGACUCCUUGGCGGAGUUCCAGUUGGUCCUCAGUGAGCUGGUUGGAGACCAGAGUCUAGACAAGGUCCGGCUGGAGUAUGAGAAGCUCGUCCGUGCUCUGAAGAACUCCAGGGACAAUGAAAAGAGGCUGAUGUGUAAAUGCAGAGAGCUGAAUGCAGAGAUUGUGUCCAUCUCCACCAAAGUGUCAGCUGCCCUGAAGCUGUCAAAGGAGGAUGAGACCACCAUUUCUUCUCUGAAGAGGGUAGGAAGCACAAAACCAGGGAAAUAAUACCUAAUCUAAUUAUUCAUCUUAAGUUUCCCUCUAUAAUAAAAUGGAGAAAAUAGAGUUACUUAAAGUAAAACUCAGUUAAUGGUUUAAAUUUGUUUUUAUGUAGAUACACUGUAGGUCUACUGCUCUCAGGUCUUCAGAAAAGCUGUUCUACAGACGUGAGCAGUAAUAGAGCUGCCUCACUGUGAAUCUCUGUCUGCACCAUUAGAAAACUACUACCUAAAGACCUUACCACUCUCACAGGCUCAUGGUAAAAGCAAAUCUAAUAUGAUGUAUAGGUUCAUGCGUGAUGUUCAGGCCUUUAUAAUUCAAUGAAAGAACCUCGGCUGCUGGUAGUGCAGAAACGGGGUGUAACAUGAGUCCUCUUUCUAGUCCAGUGUUUGCUUCAAGAGUCAUGUUUCUUUGAUGUUUUCUAAGUUUUUCACACUUCUAAUUCUCUAGACUUCACUCAUUGAUUGCCAGAACGUGUAUUUGUCAUUGAUUGCCAGAACGUGUAUUUGUUUUUACUUCAGGAGCUGGAUAAGGCUUGGAAGAUGGUUGAUGCUGCUCAUGAAAAAGAGAAAAAAGACAAGGAGACAAUCAGGAAUUUAAAGGAAGAAGUGGCCAACCUGAUCAAAAUGAAUGAACAACAGGCUGGCUUUUCUGUGGACCAGGAACAGAGGUGAGGUUAGAGGUCAUUAGGAGGAAAUCUUGAUUGUUGCUGAUCCACAAGCUUUUGUUUGCCUUGUAUUUUUGAUUUCCUCAAUCUAUUUAGGAUUGGUAGGACCUAAUAAAUGUAAAACCUGAAUACAGUCUUCAGGCAAGAGGUAGAAUUCACCUUAAGUGAUGUCCUUGUAUGGGGACUAUCAGAUUUAGUUACCAUUUAACAUCAUAGAGUCACCAUUGUGUAAGAUGAUGUAGAACUUGAUCUUAAUGUCCUACCAUUUCCAAGCAAAAGACAAAGUUCUGUAAAUAACUUUAAUGGGAAACAAGCAAAAUUAUUUGCCAAAUCCCCUUUUUUUGGGCUGUUGAAGCAGUCGGUCAGCCAGGUAGGGCAUCAGUGAGCAGAGUUGUAUGAAGUACUAAACAAAUAUACUUGAGGUGAAGUAUGGUUACCUUACCAGAAAAUGACUCAAGUCAAAGUGAAUGUCUACCAUGAUAAUUCUACUUGAGUCGAAGUCUUAAAGCAUAUCACAUUCUUUCUACUUAAGUAUCAAAAGUACUCAAGUAAAUGUACUAUUUGACCAAAGAAAGAGUCCAGAUGUCUUUAUAUGUGUACUUCAUGUUUAGCACUGCUAUGUCUUGUCAAUGUAUUUUGCCCUUGUGACAGAGACAGACAGAGGAAUUUAUUGUCAUUGCACAUGUCACAAGUACAGAGCAACGAAAUUGCAUUUCAGUUCAACCCGUCUAAGAAAUUUAAAAAAGACAGACUCAUACAGGGGUGGCCACAAGAGCGGCACCCUGUUUUCUUGGAUGAGAAAAAAAGGAGAACAGGUGGGAGGAAGAGGGAAAAAAAGUCCCACCCAUUUUCUGCCUCCUACUCUCUGCCGUCUGAUAACUGGAGACGAGCUUGGAGAGUUUUGAUCCAGAAACAAAGUUCACCAGAGGAGGGAGUUAGGAGGAUAGGGCAGAGCAUCUGUCUGCAUAACAUGCAGGAGUGGAGACAUAACAGCCUGCCAAGGCCGGUGUGGGGGAGCCAAUGAAGAUAACAAUGAAUUUUGGGACAGGCAGACUGUAAUUUUCCAUCUACCUUAAGUCUCUCUGGUCUCUGAUGGCGUUGACCCAAAUAUCCAAAUUUGGUGGCCAAGUCAGCCGAGCUGGGCUAUCAGUUUAUCAAAGGAUAAAUCCAAUGUGCGAAGGAGUUCAUCAAUCACAACCAGCCUGCGGUUUUGAUCGAGAAUCGCAUCCAGCUUGCGAUUAAGCUCACAUAAUGCUUGAGUCUGAGUGUUGACAGCCCUGCAUAUUCCCUCAGUUACAAUGGGCAGGUUCCUGAUUGCCAAAAGUGCUGCCAAUGUCUCCCGAACUUUGCAAUAGAUCAGGAAACUGCUAACUCCAAACAGCAGAAUGCCUGUUAUCAUAAUUCCAGUUAUGUAAAUGUCUUCAACAUCCUCAAUGGAAAGAAUUGACAGGCACACGACCCUCCACUUCUCAUAGGAGUCCAACAUGUACCCGGCUGCAAACGUUCCAUCAGGACGGGCGGGUUCUCCUUUACCCAGUCUUCUCGUGGAGAAAAUUUGGUCGGUUGCGUUUGGAGACAAGCUGAUCAAAUCCACGAUUUUAGGAGAGAAAGGAUGAGAGAGGCUGCAGUAGUUCAGACAGAAAAAGCACAGGACAAAGAGCAGCAAGCAGGUAGAUAAGGGUAGGGAGCGAGCGAGAGGAAAAGUGUCCGCCUGCGUUGAGAGCAAAAGGGUGGCGGACUAAGAGUUUAUGACUGGAGCCAACAGGUCUGAGUUCAGCAGAAUUUGUUCUUAUGGCACAGGAAGGCCAAACUGGAGCAUUGAGGACCCAGGGUCUCAGGAGGGUCUAAAGCUUUAAACGUAACUUAGUUUUCUUUGUUAAUUCAGUCAGUAACAUAUGAUUUCUGACAGUUACUAAUUUUUUAUAAAAGGUCCCACUUAAUAUCAUGUGUGUGUGCCUUUACAAUAACAGAGACAGGUAAGGAUAUGGGAUGUUUUACAAACUUAGCAUGACUUCUUAAACUGUUCAAAUGUUAUUUAUUAAUUCAUCUAUUCCUACUGUUUUGUUGUGUAGUUAAUUAUGGUUAUCUGCGAAAUCCUCCAAAAUCUCCAGACAUCAGUUUUGUUGAGAUCCUACAACCUAAGAGCUGAGAUAGCUGCUUUUAGGAUAUUGUGUAGAAACUGUAAAUAAAUUUUCUAUUGACUUUUUGAUUUUUUUUCAGUGAAUUAUUAAAAUUAAACGAGGUGCUGACAAAGGAGAGGGAUCAGCUGCAGACGGAUGUGGAGGAUCUGAGGGAGAAACUGAAACAGGCCAACACAAACCAGCAGGAGGUGGAAGCUAAACGAGACGUUGCUCUGGAGAGUAUUUCUCAGGUACAGAAGAUUCAGAGUCAUGUACCUCUUAAUGUUCAUUAGGGUUGCCAGAUGGGAAAUAUAGAAUUAUCAUACCAGAGACUCAAAAUUAUCGUAUUUUGGGGGAAAUUAUUGUACACCUGUCAUAUUCAAAAUAACAAUCUUACUGUUGCAUGAUUGUCACACAUAGUCACUCUGUUUAGCGUCCUACGGACACUUACAAUUUUGUGGCUGCAGUUUUGUGGUCAUUCACUGCCUUGCCCCACAUCAGCAGCAUAUGAUCAACAGCUCCAAUUCAGCUGUGUUACUCUAAUGCGUUCCCUUUAAACAAAUGACAUGUGGGAACUUAUGAGCCAAAUCAUGAGACCUUGAGGCCACCUACUUUUUUGAAAUGGUUUUCAUAAAAACUGACAAGGAAAUGAAGGUUAUUCUGACUUCACUUAGUGAAAUCUAUUUUAGACACAAAAAUCAACUUGUCCUCACAUGCUGUUUCGGCUCCCGUUCAUCAUUGUCCUCUUCAGCUCAUUUUUUUCAACUGAAUCCUCGACUGAUCAUGAUUGACGGCCAAUCAUGCUCAUUGUUUGAAGACAAACGUCACUCAAACUACAAUUGGAUGGAAACAUUACAUGGUAAAAGAUGCCUUAAGGGUUCAUAAACAAAAAAAACUGAAAAAAUAAAGGGCUCUAUUUUCGCGCCUCCCUGGCGACGUGGCGCAAGCGCAGCGUAAGUCAGGUCUGCCACGCAAACAAGGCGUUCCCAAGCACAAUUAAGUAUUUUGGUGAGCGGCACAGCCCGGUGUAAGUGUCCCCCCUCCCUAACUCAGCCCCUCUCAGUGGCGUAAGUCGUAGGAAGGGUGGACAGAGGGCGUUGAGUGGGUUUAACACAGCCGGGACCUGUAUUGACCAAUAAAAUCAGCUCCUCUCCUUGCCUUUAAUUCCGCCACCUGCGAGGCGUAUAACAAUUUUCGUGAAGUAGUCAAAGAGAUCAAGAGAUGUCUGAAGACAGUAAUGCCACAUGAUGGCGACAGAAGGCAGCUCCUCAACAAGUGUCACUAUAAGCGCUGCAGAGGGCGUCCUCCACACUGUCUCAUAUAAACACAAAUGGAUUUGGUGUGUGUAAGGUUGGACCCACUGGUAAGACAAACACCCUUUUCCACAAAUAAAGACACUCACACAAAGUUGCAUAUAUUUAAACCUCACGUGACAAAGGUGGGUUGUGCCCACAGAUCACAACAGGCAAUAAUGGCAUUAAAAUCGGAACCAUCUGUGCAUAAAUGACGCAUCGCUCCAUGGCCUGGCUCUUUCUUUCAUAGAUGUUGGCAUAUAAAAUAAAUUUGGCUCACAAAACUGAAUAUUAUAAUAUUCGUAUGUAGGCUUAAAGUAAAUAACUCAUCUGAUCACUGAAGCAAAUCAUCUGUUCAGCCGCCGCAGCAGCAGCUGCAGCAGGACGGGGAGAGGACAUGGAGACAUGUCCAGGUCGAGCGGCGUGAGAAAUAAGAGGAAGAGGAAGAAAGAAAAGGAGGGAGACGAAAUACAUGUCUUGUUUACUUCAUCAUGUGUGUUUAUUUACUGGAUAUUUAAUUUAAUUUAAUGCGGUUUCAGCUGUGUUAAUUCGGUCAGGUUGAGUGUCCAAACGCGUGCCAAACACGCUCAUCAGAUCAGAUAUAGAUCAGAAUAUAUCUAUAGAUCUAAAUGUAUGUGCUGACUCUGAUUAUUAGUUGUUGUUGAUUAUUUAUUGCACGGAAGUGUGCCUGACACUGUGGAAACCUGCAAGUGAUGCAUUGGUGACGUAUGCCGAUACACCGCCGGUCUACCGAAAUACCACUAGACCAGCUGUGCUCUGCCUGCGCUGAAAGCUGACCAGGUUUGAAUCAGCGAGCUAUCAGUGCACUUUACAUGCCGGCGGCGAGCACGAAAAUGUCACUGCGCCAGCUGAUUCUGUCGACACCUCCCCCUGCCACGUCACCACGCCCAGCUUGGCGGAUCUCGGUGCGCCUCAGUCAACGAAAAUACCAAACUGGCUGUACGCCGGGCUCUGCCAGACGAAAAUACCACUGCCACCCUCCGCCGCGUCACCUGCGGACACGAAAAUAGAGCCCAAAGUGUCAGGCAGACUGAAAGCUGCCACAAAACUGUCAAAUUAUCAUACAUGUAGCCUUUUUUCAGGGUUAUUGAUUAUACAGAGGGCAAAAUUAUCGUACAAUAACUAUCAUACACCUGGCAACCCUAAUGUUCAUAGUUAUGUUACAUUUUUUAUUCAUUGGUAGAGACUCAAAGGGUUUCCUUGCUGAUUUUAUCAUGUUUAUGCAAAACUUUUGACAACUCUCACCUUGCCUACCUUUUUUAAAGUGUCUGUGGACACUUUCCAGUAUUUCCAGUAUGUGUAAAAGGCAUCAUGAAAAAUUGCCAAAUCAUCCUAACAUUAAGACAGAUUGCUCCAGAGGUGAUAUUUUAGCAUCUAUAUCACCACUGCUCUGUGUCUGACUGCAGCUCCAGCAGGAGCUCCAGGUGCAGCAGAACGAGAUCUCCAGAGAGAUGAGGUUUAAGGAGAAGCUGGACAAGGAGGUGAAGCAGCUGCACAUGGACAUGGAGGCAAAGACGGGAGAAAUCAAAGCUCUGAAUCUGCAGGGUCAGAAAGUCAAAGAGGAGCAGCAGAGACUGGAACAGCAGCUGAAAGAGCUCAAGGUGAGACAUUAUUACGAGUCACUGGAAACACUGAGGUUAUUACAGCAGGAAUAACUGUGAGUACACCUGAACAACAGGAUUACCUCAAUCAUAAUUUCACUGUUUUAUAAAAUCAAAGUAGAAGUUUAUGUGGACAUUGAGAGACCACCAAGCUUAUUAUCAACUCUUAGUCCAAAACCAGCAUCCUUGAUAGUAUGGGGAUGAUCAGAGUUCAUGUCAUGGGUAGCUUCCACAUCUGUGAAGGCUCCAUUAAUGCUGAACAAUAUCUACAGGUUUAGGAGCAACAUCUGCUGCCAUCCAGACAAAGACUUUUUUAGGAAAGACCUUCAUAUUUUAGCAAGACAAUGACAAACCACAUUCUGACAACAGGAAUUACAACAGCAUGGCUCUGUAGGAGAAGAGUCUUGCUGCUGAUAAAACUGGUCUGCCUUCAGUCCUGACCUUUCCCCCAUUGAACACAUUGAAUGUAAACUGUACAACUAAGAACUUUCGGAAAGCUGAAAUCCACUACCUGGCAGUGGCAAUAAUGGGACAACAACAGAAACUGCUUCAUGGGUUCACAAACAUUAACAGUGUUGUAAAAAGAUGAGGUGAAUGGUAAACAUGUCCCCGUGUCAAAAUGUUGCUGGAAUCAAAGUUAAAAAAUGAAUUUAAUAAAUCAGUGUUGUACUUUCAACAUUUGAUUUGUUGUAUUUGCAAAAUUUUCAGUUUAAUAGUUGCUACAGAUGAUCUAAGAACCGACAAAGUCAGAUUAUUUAUUCAUUUAUUUAUUUAUUUAUUCAUUCAUUCAUUCAUUCAUUUAUUUAUUACAUUUUCCACCACCUCCCACCUGGUUUUGGAAUAAGGGACAUGCAUGGACUUAAAUCAAGUAUAAGAAUAAGAAGAACUUUAUUGAUCCCCGAAGGGAAAUUCAAUUGUCUGUUGUCUCACGUAAUAUGUCUAUAAAAGAUAUCUACUAUUUACACAAGAGUUAUAAAGUCUGAUGGCUGUUGGUACUAAAGAUCUUCUGAAUCUUUCUCACCUGCAGCAGAGAGAGAGGAGCUGUCCACCACCAUUUGCCUUUUGAUCCAUUAAGGUGUUGUGAAGUGGGUGAUCCAUGUUCUUGAGAAUAGUCUCCACCUUCCUCAGUGUAGAUCUCUCCUUCACAUCCUCCACUGAGUCCCCCCCCCCCAGCAGACUGCAGUGUAGAACAGCACACUUGCCACCACAGACUGAUAAAACAUCUGCAGCGUCUUACUACAGAUGUCUAUUGAUCGGAGUCUUCUCCACUCGUACUGUUAUGAUAUGACUAAAUUCUCUUGGAACAUAAUAUGGCCGAAGAGCAACUGCCAACAGUUCAAUAUCUGGACAACACAACUUCUCCGUGACAGUUAUUUGUGAAGGGUUACACCGUCUCUGGUUGACAAAUAAAGCCAGACCUCCUCCUUUCUUCUUGCCACUAGCUUGAGCAUUUCUGUCUGACCUUAUGAGAGUGAAGCCAGGUAGAUCCACACUGGAGUCCGAGUUGUUUUGAUUCAACCAGGUUUCAGUAAAACACAGGAAACUGCACUCACGGUAUGCUUUCUCAGUCUUCACCAAUAUCUCCAGCUCCUCGCUUUUGCUGGGCAGAGAGUUGACGUUUCCCAUGAUGAUUGAUAGAAGAAAGGGUUUAUAUCGCAACCUCCUAGCAUUCAUCUUUGCCUUCACCUUUGCACCAGAAAGGUAACCAUGAUAACACCUCCUGAUGUCCUCUGGAAUUCCAUGCUGUUGCCCAGAUUUGCUUUUCCUGAAUGAAAGGAGCUCUUCUCUUGAGUAAACUCUUCGCCCAGACCAGACUUGCAACAACCUCUUGGUUCAAGCGCAUCAUUUGAAUGCUGAUUAUUUAAUUAAUUAAUUAAUUAGUUAAAUAAAAUAUUAAUUAAUUGCAUUAAUUAAUACAAAAUAGCACUUCAUUCAGACUUUUUACUGAAACCCAACCUAUCAGAACCUUUCACAAAGGUGUAAUUGUAGUUUAUUAUUAGCAACCUCUUUAUCCUAAAACUUGUUUAUCCUCUACUCUAUGGUGACAGGUCCUGAACGAGCGGACCCUGAAGGAUCUGGAGCAGACACAGGUGAAGAACAGCAAACUUCAGCAGGAGUGUGAGCAGCUCUCAUCAGUCAAAGAGCAUCUGACCCUGGAGAAUCAGCAGAGCACUAAUGAACUUAAGGUAAACAUUACUUUGACUUUGACUUUGACUAUGAAUGAAUGCUGGAACAUGAAAUGUGAGGACAACGAACUGGCAACAUGACUGUGACACAAGUGGGGUUUUAUCCAGAAGGUGAUACUAUAUUAUACAAUACUACAAGAACUUUAUUGAUCCCCAAAGGGAAAUUUGUUUGUCUGGAGUCUCAUCUCAUCGACUUUUUAUAGAAAAUUGUAAAGUCUGAUGGCUGUGGGUACUAAAGAUCUUCUAAAUCUUUCUGUCCAUCUCCUUUGUCUUUGAGGUGUUGAGGAGGAGGCAGUUUUUGUGACUCCAGUCACUGAAGGCUCUUAUCAGAUCUCUGUAUUCAGCUUCUUGUCCAUUUCUGAUACAUGCCAUGAUAGCUGUGUCAUCUGAGUAUUUCUGGAUGUGGCAGGACUCAGUGCUGUAUUUGAAGUCUGAUGGAUACAGUUAAGACUCUUACCUAAACUGUCAUUGUCCAGUCAAAUUGUAUAACAUAUAUUCAUUAAACCUUAUGCAUUAAGUAUUGUAAUAUUUGAAAUGUUAUUAUUUUUGUUCAAUUAAACAUUUAUUUAUUCCCACUUACAUGUGUUUUAAUGUUUUUUAUCCUGUUUAUUCAGCACACAGCAGACCUUGUCUUUGAAUCCCCCUCCUCUCAUUAUUUCUACUGUGUAAUGCUUCAUCUCUUUCUCCUUUCUCAUACGUCAGAUGAGAGAAGAGGAGGUGAAUCAGAUGCGUCAGGAGUUGGCAAAGCAAACAAAAAUGAGAGAAGUUAUUCAGAAGAAGUUCCACCAAAUGGAGGAUCAAAAAGCUGAUGUGGACGUGCAGAGAGAGACCCUGAAAGCUCAGAUCACUGGUCUGGAGAAAGGUAAAGGAGCUCCUCUCUUCUGUGUGUUCGUCUCCUUCACUGCUGCUCUGUCUCUGAUCAUAUGAGCCCAGUGUAAACCUGUGGCAGAUUUGAGCACCAGAAACAUGUGUGCCAGAAGACGGAGCAGAGAAGUGUGUCUGCACCAAAUGCAAUCCAAAUACUUACAACCAACGCUUAGUUUAACCAUUUAUGGAUAUACUAAUGGUCAAAUAUAACAGUAAUGUGAAAUAAUAGGAGCAUUUAUGUCGGAUACACAGCUCUGAAAAUUCUGUAUUCAAAGUUGCUCUAGAAGACCAUCAUUUUAAAGAGGUCUGUGGUUUUAAUUGGAUGAAAGCAUAGGAGAAUAAUUUAAAAGAAUAUUUUUUAAAUAUUUUUAAAAAUUAUUUUCUGUAUUUUUGCACCAUGGGUUUAAGAGAACCGUCUUUCUUGAUUUCUGUGUUUGUACUCAUAUACUGCAGUAAUUAAUGUUAAAAAAUCUUAAAAUAAAGAGUCCUUUUCUUUACUUAGUAAUCACAGUUUUCUGUGAUUACAUUUAUAAAUCAAGUUAUAGCUGUUACGGCUGUCAAACUAUUUCUUAUUUGAAUUCUGGUUAAUCUUACUUUUAAUUGCACUGAUAAAAUUCCAUUAUUUAGCAUUUUAACAGAUUAUAAGUUCAUAUUGAUGAAGUAAAGCAAGUCUUACUUGUUUGGCCUGGCUCUUUCUUUCAUAGAUGUUGGCAUAUAAAAUAAAUUUGGCUCACAAAACUGAAUAUUAUAAUAUUCAUACAGUAUGUAGGCUUAAAGUAAAUAACUCAUCUGAGCACUAAAACAAAUCAUCUGUUCAGCCGCCGCAGCAGCAGCUGCAGCAGGACGGGGGGAGGACACAGACACAUGUCCAGGUCGAGCUGCGUGAGAAAUAAGAGGAAGAGGCAGAAAGAAAGGGAGGGAGACGAAUUACAUAUCUUGUUCACUUCAUCAUGUGUGUUUAUUUACUAGAUAUUUAAUUUAAUUUAAUGUGGUUUCAGCUGUGUUAAUUCGGUCAGGUUGAGUGUCCAAACGCGUGCCAAACGCGCUGAUCAAAUCAGAUAUAGAUCAGAAUAUAUCUAUAUAGAUCUAAAUGUAUGUGCUGACUCAGAUUAAUAGUUGUUGUUGAUUAUCUAUUGCACUGAAAUGUGCCUGACACUGUGGAAACCUGCUGGUGAGGCAUCGGUGACGUAUGCCGAUACGCCGCCGGUCUACCAAAAUACCACUAGACCAGCUGUGUUUUGCCUGCACUGAGAGCUGACCAGGUUUAAAUCAGUGAGCAUUCAGUGCACUUUACACGCCACUGGCGGGCACAAAAAUGUCACUGUGCCCGCUGAUUCUGUCGACACCUCCCCCCGCCACGCCACCACGCCCAGCUUGGCGGAUCUCGGUUCGCCUCUGUGCGCCUCAGUCCAUGAAAAUACCAAACUGGCUUUACGCCGGGCUCCGCCAGAUGAAAAUACAGCUGCGCGGGGUCCGCCACCCUCUGCCGCCUCACCGGCAUACACAAAAAUAGAGCCCUCAGUCACAACACAGGUCACAGAGUACAUCUGUCAGACCUGAGUCUUACACAGUGCCAAUGGCAUGAAUAAAGUGGAGAAAAAAGCCAUAUACUUUAAAAACAAAAGCAGAGAUGUGAUGGGAUAACAAUUAUGGUGUCACUGCUGACAGCCCAAAUAAGUAUGACUAUAUGAACUGCUUAUACCGUGAACACAAAGGGUUCCUCUCCUCUCUCUUUGCAGAUCUUGAAUCUUCCAAAAAACAGGCUGAAGUUGACAGAAAGGCCAUCGAAGAGCUAAUCCGAGAGAAAGACAUCAUAAAUAAGGUGUGUGUUCAAGUGUCUCCAGAUUCAAAAUGAAGGAAGUUUUUAAUUUAUCUAAAAAUUUAAUGUAAAAACUGAUCUUUGCCACAGACUUCAUCAGCUUUAAUGGGGCGCUCAUACCAAGCGCGAGUAAAAUCAUGUACUUGCUUAAUUUGCACGAAUCAAAUAUAAAUGAAUAGUAUUUACUCACCUCAUUCGUGCAUCAAUGGUAAUUUCAACUGUAAUCCCUGCCAAUUCAACUGGUGGGAUCAAGUGAUAGACAAAGGUUUUUUACAAUUUACCAGAUUAUCCAACCUCCUCACUUACUUGCCCCCAGGCCAGCUCCUUUAUAUUCCGGUUUUGGUAAUUGAAAGAAUAGGUAUCAUAUAAUUCGGGGCACCCACACAUCAACACGAUCAGUUUGUCCUCCAUUAGAUACCAGUGAACAACUGUCCAUAUCAAUGCGUCACCCGGCAACGUGAGUAUCUGCUCAAGUUGAAACAUUUUCAGCUCCCGCCCGAUAUGCGUCAUUCGCGCCGCCAGAGUAGCAGGAGCAUCUAAUUGCUUCUUUGCAUUGAGUUAACAAUUAAUUCAUUCACACAAAUGAUUUUACUCAUGCUUGGUGUGUGGAGACAGUCAGACAGAGAGAUGAGGCAUUUGGGAUUUUAAGAUGCAAAUUAUUUGACAUAUUCGAACAGAUUCACAUUGAAAUAAAUUGUCAGUAAUUUUGUCAGUCAGGUGUUCUGUUCCAUUUUGCUGUUUUGUUAAAAGCUGCUAAAGUGGCACUGACUUAAUUGCAACAGAGUGUUUCAAUAUUGUAUGAGUUCUUCCGGUUUACAGCAGGACAGCAUCCCCUCUGAUUUUCACCUACCAACAACCCAUUCAUUGGUGUGUCCACGUGAGAACUGGUGACACAGAUCAUCGACAAAAAUGCUUUUGUUUGUACCACCUCGACAGAACAUAAUCAAAGCUUCUCAGUCGACUGAGAAACAGCAGAACCUGGUGAAGCUCCUGGAGCAGGACAAGAAGACCCUUGAACGUGAGAUCAACGGGUACCGACAGGAAGUACAGAAGCAACGCAAGAUCAUCCAACAGCUGGAAAAAGAGCGGGACCGGUACAUCAACGAAACCAGCAGCCUCAUGCAGAAGGCAGGUCUCACCAGAGGCUUUUUUUCAGUCAUGUCCUAUUCUUUUAUCAAAAAACCUGCUACCACCUUUGACUUCUCUGAGGGUUGGUGUUUUUUCUUCCCCAGGUGCAGCAAAAGAUGAGCGAUGUUGAAGUAAAAGAAAGCGAGAUAUUUGAUUGGAGGAAGAAGGUCACUGAGGCAGAGUGUAAACUCAAACAGCAGGAGAACCUGCUGGAGAGCGUUGUGUCUGAGAGGAACCUCUACAGCAAAAACCUCAUUGAAGCUCAGGUAUUAUUCAAGCCCCACCUUUUAUAUGAAACUUUUCGGGCUGUGUCUUACUUUAUAUCGAGAGUAAUAUUGCCAAGUGAAGCUGUUCAGGCAGAAGCUGAAUAAUGCUUUAAGGAGGGUUUUCUCUGCACCACUAUGAGAUAAAUGAGGACUUUAUUGAGCUUUGGAUCAUGCAAAGCUACUCAAAAUGUGUCCCAGACAGACAUAAUAGAAGGUUUGGGGCGCAUGAUGGGUGUCCUUUGAUUUCCAAACAAUUACUGAACAAAGGCCUGUCAGAAAGUCACAACCAUUUCAGAUGUUGCUGAUAUGCUAAUAUUACAUACUUUAUCCUUUACUGUUAAAAGCGUCUGUGAGGAACCUAGGUUUUUUGUCAGUGCUCCCUUUGGAUGAGUCAGUCUUUGCUUAAUUUGUCCAUACAUCUUGCUGACUUUUGUAUGAUUUUUUUUUUUUUUUGAGUAUUUAAUGUGGAGAAAUCAAAAACAGGGCUUUUUCUUCAGCUGCUUCCUUGACACCCACCCUCCUUUAACUGAUUUCAGGCCUUAGAAACCAAGGCAUAACAAUUGUACAUCUUGUUACUGAUGGUCUUGUCUGCUUCGCAUACCAUAAAAAAAUGCAUCAGUAUAAAUUUAAGUCUCUUUCAUUCACAUAAAAAAUCUCCUCACAGGAGCUUUGAUUUAAAAUGUAGUAGCAUUUAUAUUAUUUCUCCAUGUUUAAAAUAUGUUUUGGCAAUUUUAGAUGCAAUACAUCAGCUUGAACUUGACCACAUGUCAAAACAGCUGGAGCAUUGAGGAAAUGUUAACAGAAGAGUCAGUUUACAAAUGAGCUUUGUGGUGCAGAAGAAAGUGCUGGAAAGAUCCUCAUUGGAGUGUGCACUUUUAUCAAGAUGAGUCUCAAAAUAAUUGAUUUAGAAAGCUGUAGUCGAGCCUGCAUGCCGUCUCUUUGAACAGUUUCUCUUUAAAGGGUUUAGCUGACCGUCUUUCAUGGAGGCUUAUACAAUGAUUGAUGACAUUUAGUUUAUACAACACGAUUGUAGGAGCUAAGUCUAUACUUCAAACUACUAAGAUGCUUCAACCCAGAGUCACCUGGUUGUCGUGCUAUGCUACUGUUUCAUACACUACUAUUAGUCUUUGAUUAUCAAUAAGAGUCCGGACGCUGUUCCUCUGAUGCGGCAAAAAAAAAAAUUGUUGUGAUGAACAUUACCAAAAUCCAUUUGCAAUUCCCAUUGAACAACACUGAGUAAACAAAGAAAAACACUGGCAUUUAGUGCCCAUCGGUCAAAAAUCUUUUGCCCUUCUGGGUCAUUCGACUGCCAACAACAGUAACGUAGCUAGGUUUAUACGUGAGCCACAGCACAGUGACACAUUAUGCACACAAAGUGAACUGCACAUAAACAAAUGUGGCUCCUACAACAACUUCGGAGAUGCUGAAACAGAGUAGUGGAUGAGAAGCAGGGGCUGCCAAGGCCUUAGUACACUGGGUGUGCACUUCGACCAUCCCUCCUUUUGGUCCUUAUGAUCCUUUUGACUACAUUUGCUCUGUUCUUUAAUGUCUGUCUAAAUAACUCUGUCUGUGUCUUUCUCUGCCUCAGGAAGAGAUUGCAGAGAUGAAGAGGAAGAUUAGGACGAUGACCAACCAGGUCACCAGACUGAGAGAUGAGAUCAGUGGGAAGGAGCUAGCCCUCGCCAAAGAUCAGCAGGAACACAAGCGAUUAGAGAAGGACAAUGAGGCACUGAAGGUACUGUACUAUUACAGGAUAAAUUAAGUUACAACAUAAAUGUGAGAAAUGAUGAUCAGAUGAUUGGGAUAAGUAAUGUUAGAUGAAUGAAAGAUUCUGAGUCAGGCUCUGACUAUUGAAGGUAAUAAGAGUGAGUGAAUAUGCUCUAAAAGAUUAACCUACAUUAACUGUGCUGCAGAGAUACAUUUGGAUUUAGGAUUUCUCCAAUUCAUGAUUGUUUGAAUCAUGAACACAUGAGACAGCAUCAGCCCUGUUCAGAGCUCUGGAGGCUUGCAUACAUAAGUGAGGAAGGUCCUUGGACAGCAGGGUCCAGGAAGGUCUGGGCUACCAGUGGUUUGAGAGGUUCAGCUCAGCAGAGGACUGAACUCAGACAAAAGAUGGUCCAGGAGUCACAGUACAGUGUAACUGUACUUGUCCCUGUCCCUGCUGUAUUCAGAGGGGACAUGAAACUUUAGACAUGACCUACCUGUGAAUUGCUUUUAUUAUGCUCAAAAAUGUUAUUUUAUUUUUUUGGGGUCUCAAAGGGUCUUGCAAUGUCUUAAAUUUGACUUCAAACAGUGAAUAGGGACUCUGUUCAAUGUCUGUGUGUUUUCUUGUGUGUCCUGCUGCAGGCGGAGCUGCAGACGAUGAAGCUUCAGAUUGAAGAAACAAAGCAGCAGGUGGACAGUCAGAAGGCAGAGCAGCAAAAACUGCAGAAGAUUAUAGCAGACACAGACAGUGAACAGAUUCAGCAGAGGAAGCAACUGGGACAGGUAAGGGAGGAGAAGAAGGAUGAAUACGGGUUAAUGUUUUUAAUGUUAAAAAAGACUUAAAGGGAUAUUCCAACAUAAAUUUGAGUUAUGGUCAAACACACAGUAACACAGAGUUAGACACCCCUCGAGAGAUGAAUGUUGCUGACUGCUUGCUUCUCUAGUUAUACCAACUUUAGUAACGACCACAUGAUAGCAAUACACAGUGGUCUAACUCGGGGGGGGGUCUAACUCGGUGUUACGGUGUGUUUGACCAUAACUUACUCUUAGUCCAGAAUAUCCCUUUAAGGUUGAUCAUUUGUUGGUGAAUCUUCUCUGAAGGUGAUCAGAGAGCGGGAUAGUCUGGGCAAACAGCUGCUCCGCCACAACGAUGAGCGUGCUCUGCUCUACGAGAAAAUCAGGAUCCAGCAAUCCAUCCUGAGUAAAGGAGACUACCACUACAGCCAGAAGAUAGAGGACAUCCGCCUGCUCAAGAUUGAAAUCAAUAAGCUCCAGCGUAAGAAGAGCAUCCUGGACAAGACUGUACCCAACACGGAGGACCUGAGGUAACCUAGGCAGAUGGUUUUACCCACAUACCCACAAACCAAGUCUAUUUUUUGAAUCACUGAUCGUACAAAGUGAGUAACUCCUGUGGCUAAGACUCUGGAGUAAAAAGAUAAUGACCACAUUCAGUCACCAAAAGAGAGAUGAACUGGUACUACUGACGAGACAAGAAAAGACAGGAGUGAGGUGGAGAACGGGAUGUCCCUCGUUUUGUUUUAAAUAUCCUCCCAGUAAUUUACAGUUUAGAUCUAUAUUGAGAAAUGUUUAAAUGAUGGAUGGAUUAACUUUAUAUAAAACUGUUGAACUGUGUUGUUGCAGGCGGGAGCUGCGCCACCUGCAGAGGGAGCUGCUGAGAGAGAGGACCAGGAACAGCUUGCUGGAGGAUCAGCUGAAGCCCAUCAACAUCCACAGAUGGAGACGACUGGAGGUGAACAACUUACUCAGACAAAUCUGAGGAGUAGCUUGAUGACAUUACAGCCUCAGCCUGCUGUACUUUAGAUUUUCUGCCUCACUCAGUACAUUUACAUCCACAGUUCAGCUACAACUAAAGUUCGAUCAGAUGAUUUAACUGUACUCUUCCCAGUUUACAUGCACUGUACAAGAAUCAAAUGAUUGACAGAAGCAUGUCUGCCUCUGCUAUAGGAGGAGGUCACAUGACCCUUUCAGCUUGUUACUAUUGGGUCAUCUCCUGGUGUAUGUGCUACUUAUCAAAAUGAUUGACUAAACCUGAGAAACAACAUAAGAACAUACUGAGUGUUUCACUUUUAAGACAGUUUAAAUCCUGAACCGUGAAUUUAUGAAAAAAGUUUUUUAUGUCUCUGUGAAGGGCAGCGACCCCAGCAAAUAUGAACUCAUCCAGAAGAUUCAGUCCUUACGAAAACGACUCAUAGCCAAGACCCAGGAGCUGGAGAAGCAGGAGCUUCUUUUACAGGUAGAGACUCUUUCCUGUUAAUGUGGUCACUCCAAGGUGAUGAGAGAUUUUACAUUUUCAUUAGUUUUUAUUUCUAUUUCAUCUUCACUUUAUGAUUGCUGUAGGAUGUGCCCUCACUCUGCGGCCCUCCGUAGAAAACCGAAAUAUGUUAGUUUUCUGUCUCUCCACAUGGACUGCAGUGAGGUGUCUCAUGAUAUUUACAACCCUUUUGAUGUCAUUGUUUGACUUGUUUUGUUCAGUCCAUGUUAUUCUGGUUUCUUUGUUUUCUAUAUCUGAAGACUACUGUCUCAUGAGCAUCACCAUGGGCCAAAUUCACAAAGUUGUCCAGUCUCAAGAGUACUGCUGCUGAUAAAAGUCAUGUUUUCAAAACAUGAUAUUUUCUAAGAAGAAAUAGUAACUAGUAAUUUUCAUAUGAAUUUCUCAAAUUUCAUGAAUGUCAGUCUCUCCUCUGUCCGUCUCUCUCUUUCUCCAUCUCCCUCUCUAAAUCCAGCUCAGGCUCAGCAGAUGACUGUCUUAGAUGAGUCUGGUUCUGCUCAAGGUUACUGCCUUUUAAAGAAAGUUCUUCCUCUCCACAGUGACUUAAUAAAUGCUGUAAAGUGUUUCACUUAUGUAGUUGAAGAUGAGGACAGGAGUGGAUCUGAUCCAUAGACUGUAUAUAGAGUGGACGCCAUCUGCCUCCUCGCUGGGUGAAGCCACCGCAAGAACAGCACCCUCUGGUGACGGGCUGAAGUAUAGACAUACUAAUAGACAUACUAAUCUGCCUAAAAACAGAAGGUAUCUAACUAAGAAUUUAUCAAACUUAGUCUCCAUCCCCCGUCAGCCCAUCAUGAAAACCAGUACAGAAAAUUUCUCUAGCACACUACACUCAGCUCUUUUAAAUGUCAGCUCUUUAGCUGGAAAAUCAUUCUUAAUCAACGAUCUUAUCAUCAAGCACAAUCUCAACUUAAUGUUUUUAACUGAAACCUGGUUAGAACAAGAUAACAGUGCAACUGUACUUAUUGAGUCAGCCCCCCCUAACUUCAGCUUUAUGAGUGAAACGAGGAAGCAUAGAAAAGGAGGUGGAGUAGCUAUUCUAUUCAAGGACUCAAUGCAAUGUAAACAGAUGUACUACGGGAAUUUUCCUUCCUUUGAAUAUGUGGCCUUCCAGUUGAACUCUGCUACUAGAGCAAUAUUCCUUAACAUCUACAGACCUCCUAAAUACUGUGUGAAUUUCUUUGAUGACUUUACUGAAUUGCUGUCUAUAAUCUGUAUUGACUUUGACUGUGUAGUGAUUGUUGGUGAUUUUAACAUUCACGUUGACAACCCCCAGGACAGAGGCACCAAAGAAUUGUGCUGUCUCCUUGAUAACUAUGGUUUGACCCAACAUGUAACAGAGCCCACACACAAUAGAGGUCACACUCUAGACCUAAUUAUUUCCAAGGGCCUGAACAUACCCAAAAUUAUGGUUACUGAUGUUGCUAUUUCUGAUCACUCCUGUGUGUUUUUUGAGAGUACUAUCUCUAUGUUAUUCACCACUGCUCAGACAGAGGUAAUCACCAAGCGGCUUAUCACUGACUACACCAGUGAAAUAUUUAAUCAGGCUUUGACUCCUCUCCCAGCUCUCUCACGGCUCUCGGUCAAUGAGCUUGUAGAAGACCUUUGCUCUAGAAUCACAAACGUGAUGGAUGCCAUUGCGCCCACCAAGGUGAAAAUAGUCUCUGGCAAGAAAAGAUCUCCAUGGAGGAAUGCCGCGCUGGUCAGAGCUGAAAAAAGAGAGUGUCGGAAAGCCGAACGCAGAUGGCGAAAGACAAGCCUUCAGGUUCACUAUCAGAUCUAUAAAGAGAGACUUCGUAUCUUUAACCUAGAACUAAGAAAUGCUAGACGAUCCUUCUUCUCAGACAUCAUCACCAAAAACAAAAAUAAUGCACGCGCCCUAUUUACCACAGUCGACAGGCUAACAAACCCUCCAGUAUCAGUAGCCUCUGAAUUUCUGUCUGCCAAGGCUUGUAAUGAAUUUGCCUCCUUCUUCAAUAACAAAAUCCAGAAAAUUAGACAAACAGUCAGUAGCUCAAUAUCCGGUACAGGAUAUGUGUUGUCCAUGUGUACUAACCCCAGUAGCAUGACACAAUUCAACCUGAUCAACAUUAAAACCCUGGAGGACAUCAUACUAAAUCUGAACUCCUCCACCUGCUGCCUUGAUAUUCUGCCAACAGGUUUCUUUAAAACAGUUUCUAAUUGCAUGGCCUCAGAUCUUCUACAGAUUGUCAACAUGUCACUUCUGUCAGGUGUCUUUCCACAGGCCCUGAAAACUGCUGUCAUAAAGCCUCUCCUAAAAAAAAGCAACCUAGACAACUCAGUAAUGAACAAUUAUAGGCCUAUAUCGAACCUCCCGUUUUUAAGCAAAAUCAUUGAAAAAGCAGCCUUCCAACAGCUUCACAACUUCUUAGUCCUAAACAAUUGUUUUGACGUUUUCCAGUCAGGGUUUCGACCGCAUCACAGCACUGAGACUGCUCUUAUCAAAGUCUUUAACGACAUCCACUUAAACUCAGACAAUGGCAAAAUUUCAGUCCUAGUAUUGCUCGAUCUCAGUGCCGCUUUCGACACGGUUGACCACAGCAUCCUACUCGAUCGACUGGAAAACUGGGUGGGACUUUCUGGAACAGUACUAAACUGGUUUGCAUCCUACUUAAAGGAUAGAGACUACUUUGUGUCUCUAGGUAAUUACACAUCAGAGCGAACAAAAAUGACAUGUGGGGUUCCCCAAGGCUCCAUUCUGGGGCCACUCCUGUUCAACAUUUACAUGCUCCCUCUAACUCAAAUCAUAGCAAACAACAAAAUAUCUUACCAUAAUUAUGCAGACGACACACAGAUUUAUAUAACCAUGUCGCCAGGCGACUACAAUCCAAUACAAACACUGAGUCAGUGUAUUGAACAAAUCAACGAUUGGAUGUGUCAGAAUUUUCUUCAACUAAACAAAGAUAAAACUGAAGUGAUUGUAUUUGGAGCAGAAGACGAGCGAUUAAAAGUCUGUGCUCAGCUUCAAUCGAUAAUGUUAAAAAGCACAAACCAAGCCAGAAACCUUGGUGUUGUCAUGGACUCAGACCUGAAUCUUAACAGCCACAUAAAGACAAUUACAAAGUCAGCCUACUAUCACCUGAAGAAUAUAUCAAGGGUCAAAGGACUGAUGACCCAGCAGGAUUUGGAAAAGCUUGUCGAUGCAUUUAUCUUCAGCAGACUUGACUACUGUAACAGUGUCUUCACAGGUCUCCCCAAAAAAUCCAUCAGACAGCUCCAACUGAUUCAGAAUGCUGCUGCUCGAGUCCUCACUAAGACCAAGAAAGUAGAUCAUAUCACCCCAGUUCUCAGAUCUUUACACUGGCUUCCCGUCUGUCAAAGAAUUGAUUUUAAGAUACUAUUGCUGGUUUAUAAAGCACUGAAUGGAUCAGGACCAAAAUACAUUUCUGAUAUGCUGAUACGUUACGAACCAUCCAGACCGCUCAGAUUAUCAGGAGCAGGUCUGCUCUCUGUCCCCAGAGUCAGAACUAAACGUGGAGAAGCAGCUUUUAGUUUUUAUGCUCCUCAUAUCUGGAACAAACUCCCUGAAAACUGUAGGUCUGCUGAAACUCUCAGCUCUUUUAAAUCACAGCUGAAAACGCAUAUGUUUGCUGUGGCCUAUCAUUAAAUCAAACCUGAGGCCUUUAAUCAACAUCUUCAUCAUCUGCCUGUCUUGAUCUUUUUUUUUUUUCUAUCUCUCCAAUCUUAUUUUAGCUUUGAAUGUAACUUUUAAUCUGUUAAAUGUCUUUUACGCUGUUUUUACUUUUUAAAUUGUGUUGAAUGUUUUGCCUGCUUGUUUCAUGUAAAGCACCUUGAAUUGCCCUGCUGCUGAAAUGUGCUAUACAAAUAAACUUGACUUGACUUGACUUGACUUGACUAUAAGUCAUAAAUCCCACCUCCUUCAGCAAUCCCAUAUGGAGCUGUGGACAAACUUACGAAAUGAAUUACACAGAAUAAAGAUGUCUCUCUCCCCAGCUUGCAAUGUUGACAUGUAGUUUCUGUGAGACUGGUUUGUGCUAGCAAAAACAAAAAAUGUUUUCUGUUUUGUUCUCCUUUUCUUUUUACUCGGUAUGUUAGAUAUCUUUUGUUUUUUACUUGUUUUGGUUCUUUUAUCUUUCUGACUGGUUGACUGAUCUACUGUAUUUUCUGUCCUUUUUGUUCCCCAUGAAGGAGAAGGAGAAGCUGUUCGUGGAGCUGAAGCAGAUUCUGGCUCGUCAGCCGGGUCCAGAGGCAGUAGAGCAGCUCCAGCAGUGUCAGUGGACCCUCAGAGAGAGAACUGCAAAACUCAAGGUCAACACACACACACCACUUUAUCCUCUAUUUAUCUUUGAUUUCUUUAUCUCACUCCUCUUAGAUCACGCUGUACCCUGCUGUCUGUCAACCACAGCCUGUUUUUAUUACAGCCUCUGUCUUGUAAAAACAUCACUGUGUUUCGAAGGACUUUGCUGUCCUUAGGUUCUGACUUUAUUCUCACAAACUUAAAGAAACCCAAUUUUCCCACCUGUUUAGACUUUUCAGUCAUGUUGUUUCUCAGGUAAAAUAAAGUCUGAUGUCUCCUGUUGACUCCACAGGCUCUGAUAGCCGAGGUGACGAUGCUCGACUCCAAGAUGAACCAGUACAAGAGUGAGAAUCAGAGUUUAGCUGGUGAGCUUGCAAACAUCAAGAAGAAAUACCUGAGUCAGAAGAAGCUUUACAAGUGAGCCUCGUCAUUGUUUUACAUUCAGUCAAAAAUUUCACACUUCAAUUUAUCCAAGAAUCCUGAAUGUUAUUUGUUGAUGUUGUGGUGUGCUCUGUGUGUCUCUACAGUGAGCAGAGAACAAAGAUGAAGGUGGAGACGCUGGAGCCUCUUCCUCAGCUGAGCAGCAAACCUCAUUUUACAGGAGGAGGCUUCAGGAUUGACAACCCUGUGAGGAGACAGUAG